AUGGUUUUUGACGAGGGCUGCUUCAUUAACAGCCAUUACAGAGGCUACAAUCAUUUGAAAUCACGGAUCGAGUAUCCAUUGAAAAGAAGAAAUUUCACCUUUCUGCUAAUGCAGUCAGAAGUGUUGUCUAGUUUGCAUCCUGAGUGUGAGUAUAUCUUUCAGUUGGCAAGAGAUGAACAGCGGUGUCUCAGAGAGAUCACAGAUCUUGGGAACCUCAGCAGCUCCUCAGAUUGUCUGCCAGUAUGGGAUUCAGUAGUGUGUUGGCCCAGGGCUGCAGUGGGUGAGACGAUCCACUUGCCCUGUCCUGCUGUUUUCUCUGUCAUCAAGAACAACACGGAAGGGAUAGUGAGUCGUAACUGCACGGCCGGCGGCUGGUCACAUCCGUUCCCUGCUUACCAUGAGGCCUGCAGUGUUGAGGACGAGAUCCCAGAGGAGUCGUAUUUUGCCACUGUGAAACUGAUCUACACUGUUGGUUAUGGAGCAUCACUGCUCUCGCUCUCUGUUGCCGUGGCAAUACUGCUGCUCUUCAGGCGAUUACACUGUGCUCGAAACUACAUCCACAUGCAGCUGUUUUUCACCUUCAUCCUGAAAUCGGUGGCUGUGUUUAUCAAAGAUGCCACGCUGUUCUCCAGUGACGACACAGAUCACUGCACACUCUCUACAGCGGCCUGUAAGGCGUCAGUGGUACUUUGUCAUUAUUGCGUCAUGACUAAUUUCUUCUGGUUGCUGGUUGAAGCCGUGUAUCUGAACUUUCUGCUGGUCUCGGCCUUCCCGCGCAGCCGCCGCUGUCUCUGGAGUUUCGCUCUGCUGGGCUGGGGUUUUCCCCUGGUCUGCAUCAUCCUCUGGAUCUGCUCUAGACUGUAUUUUGAGGACACAGAGUGUUGGGACAUAAAUGAAGAUUCUCCUUAUUGGUGGAUCAUCAAGGGUCCUAUUGUAGUGUCUAUAGGGGUGAACUUCUUUCUGUUCAUGAACAUUAUCAGGAUUCUGGUGCAGAAACUGAACCCUCGCUUGAUCCAGUUCAACAAUUCGUCUCAGUACAG